AUGAAAGGAGUAAAAAUUAGGCGUUACAACGUGUAAAACCGAAAAUGACAUGUACCUACGGAUAGGAUUUUUCAUAAAAUAAUUGUUAGCAUGACAUGAGACUAUACAGAUGAGUCAGCCGAUAUCGAUUCGGUUUACUUUGCGCCGCCGAGAUGCAUUUUCAGAUGUUAUCAAAACCGUAAAUAUCGAUUGUGGGUGUUACGAGUUCGCAUACAGAGAGAAUUUAAACCGAUCUAUUUCCGGUAGAGCAUUCAUUAAGCGUUCCAUUUACGGUUGAUAUCAGCUGAGAUUUUUCAAUCGCUAGCCGGUAGAUUCUCGAGCCACACGAGUCCGAGUUACUGGCGGUAUACGGGCGAACAAAAUAUCGCUAUGACUUUCUCGAAGGUCAACGCCAUCGUGAUCAUUGUUGUCUCCUACCGACUCGGAGUAAUCGGGGCAAAUAUGGUGAAGGAAAUCGACGCGAACGGCGAUUACGAAGCUGAAAACAUACUGACGGAAUUCAUGAUCGAUUUGAAGAAGUUCACGAUAGACAAAUGCGAUUACCAGGACGUUGUCGUUCUGAGCAACCACCGGUGGCACAUUCAGACGACCGUCGGAUUAACGGAGGGGAUUCCACGUAUCAUCGGAAGUCCAGCAGACGUUGAGAUUCCGAAAUCGUUGUGCAUCGCUACUUUGUUCGUCGACGGUGUCGAGGACUUUGAACUGGAGUCGAUCUUCGCUAAACUCAGCCCAAUUUCCAAGAACAGUCUUUGGCUGAUCUCGAUGAGGCAAAACACGAGCAGAGACGUGAUAGCCGUACGGCUACGAUGGGCGCUGAACAUGAAACUUCGAAACGUCAAGUACGUCGUGCUCUCCGGUCGUUACGGAAUCACGCAGAUCUACAUGAAAAGUUAUUCCGAUAACUGCACCUAUGAAAUUAAGGUGGUCAGCUCGUGGGAACCGGGAAAGGAAUUCACGGUUAACCCCGACGACCUUGAGUCGCACCUCGUAUCGCCUACGAUCGGCCGAGGAUGUCCCGGUCGAGUCAGCGUCGCCAUUGCACCGGAAUUACUGAGGGGUCCGGAGAAGCAUUUGAUCCAGACAAUCGCGGAUGAUUUGAACUUUGUCCCGGUGAUAAAGAACCCUCCCGGUGCAAAGGAAUUCUGGAUAGCUCCUAACGGCACGUUGUUCGGCGUCGUCGGAGAGGUCAGCAGAGAAGUAGCCGAAUUCGGUAUCGGUCAACUUCGAGCGACCUUGACGAGGGCGAGGUUCGUUGAUUUCACAACGGCCUACAAGACCGAACGUAUGGUAUGGAGCGUUCCGUUGAGGGUGGAAGUCGACAUAGUACAUUCGGAAUUUUCGCCUUUCAUCUGGUUUCUGAUAUUCCUAUCGCUCUUUCUGUACCUGAUGCUGGCCUCGCUCGUCUCAAAAUCAAGCUCGGGCAAAUACCGCCUGGUAACGAACACUUGCGACGUCAUUUCCAUGACCUUGAAUUACACGGUCGUCUAUCGGGCCGCCUGGACGACCUGGCCUCUGUUAUUCCUGCUUUACUUGAUGUACGCCCGAAUCAUCUCAACGGCCUACUCGACUUCCCUCGCCUCCAUUCUGACAACGACGCUUCCGCAGCCCGCGGUCGUCGAGGAGGUCGAAAUAUUCACUUCGGAUCUACGUGUCGCAGGGUCAAUUUCUACCCACGGUAUGUUGUUCGAAGAUACAGGUCCGAACAGCAGCGCGUUCGAGCUGGAGCUGCUGAAACGUUCCGAAGUGAUACCUACGACCGAAGAAGCUCUCGAGCGAAUUACCCUAGGCGACAAGCUCGCCUACUUGCAAGAAGUCUCGGACAUCGACCGUGUCAAAAUGGAAUUUCUUAUGAAGAAUAAACCGUUGCUUUUCGGCCAGAUAUCGACCAUACUGACCGCGUACAGCUCUUCGAUCGCGUUUCCCAAAGGGUCGACCGUCGUCGAGCGCAUCAAUGCACUCGUACUGAGACUUUCCCAAUCCGGCAUACUGCAGUUCUGGGACAGCGAAGAUUCGCCGGUUUUGCGCUCGGGCGAAAACAUCAUUUCAGAAGCGGAACAAGAUUCGUUGCUUCACACCUUACGAUCCGUAUUUUUCCUCUACUUGUACUGCCUGGUACCGACUGUCCUGAUUUUCAUCGGAGAAUCGAUCGUCUUUCACCUUAAGAUCGAUCAACGGUUACGUUUUUGGUUCGCCAGGAAUGGAUGGUAAUAUACCGAAAC